AAAGCUUUAGCUAUCGUAGGCUCUCGUCUCCAUCUGUUUUUCCCCCUCAAAGUGGGGGAGGAGGAUCGGAAGGGGGGACGGGUUCCGCUUUGACUCCUUAACACUGCAUUGUGGAGAAUUUAGAGAAAAUGUGAAACUCACCUAUAGAAAUACCAUAAAGAAAGUAACGGACUGGGAAGCAGAGUCCAAUCGCUAGUGUUUAUGGGCUUUUCUGAAAAGUGCACUAAAAGUGCGUGUGGUUACGCUGUUCUGUUGUUAUUUGAAGGUGCGUUGGAUAGCGAUUGCGAAUGUCUGUGGAUCAAGUUACAGUUCGCCGAGUUUUGGUGUGAAACACGUUUUCGUGAUAGCUGGAGAAAGCAGAUGAAACUGGGAGAAUGCGAAUUAACCUCCGAUUUAAGAAAUGCAUCUUAACCACUAAAAAAGCAAAAGUUUUGUGAGAAAGAAAGAAGUAAUGCACACGAAGGGGCGCCCAUCCACGCAGCCAUACGUACGAGGCUGGCCAAAGUUUCAAGCUGGAUUCUUGGAAGGCGUUAAAAUUCAUAAGAAGAUGAGGCUUCGCGUGUCUGCAAGUACACUUUAGAUAAGGAACGAUAUUUUCGUUUGGGUGGAAGUGGAAACAAAUUGCUUGGUUUUUGUCACCCCCAUUCCACUUUAGCGAAGGGGGCCUUUCCUUUUUUGAAGAUAAAGUUUGGUAGAAGUUUAGAUUUUUUUUCCAAGAUGUCCUCCCGAGGAUAUUCCUUUGUUGAAAGAUUCGGGAUGUUCUUUAUUUUCGAAGUUUUAUUUCUGAUCGUCCAUAUGGGAAUAGCCCAGAAAAACGACAGUGUAUUUUCAGAUGACUGCAAGAAGACAACAACUUGUGAAGUUUUAAAGUAUAAUACAUGCCUCGGCUCACCGCUGCCUUACACGUACACUUCUGUAAUCCUAGCCGAAGAUUCCAGUUCUCAGGAGGAUGCCUCCGAGAAGCUGGCAAUGUGGUCGGGUUUGAGAAAUGCGCCUCGCUGCUGGGAUGUCAUUCAGCCCCUGCUCUGCUCAGUCUAUAUGCCCAAAUGUGAGAAUGGAAAGGUAGAACUCCCCAGCAAGAGCUUAUGCCAAAUAACAAGACGUCCAUGUGCUAUUGUGGAACGAGAGAGAGGAUGGCCAGACUUUCUGAAGUGUUCAUCUUCCAAUUUUCCAGUUGGAUGUCAUACAGAAGUACAGAAUAUUAAAUUUAACAGCUCUGGCCAUUGUGAGGCUCCCCUCGUGAGGACUGAUAAUCCUAGCAGCUGGUAUGAGGAUGUCGAAGGCUGUGGUAUUCAGUGUCAGAACCCUUUGUUCACUAUGGAUGAACAUCAGGAUAUGCAUACAUACAUUGCCAUCUUUGGAUCUAUAACCAUAUUUUGUACCUUUUUUACAUUGGCCACAUUUCUAGUUGACUGGAAGAAUUCAAACCGUUAUCCUGCUGUUAUUGUAUUUUAUGUUAAUGCCUGUUUCUUCAUUGGGAGCAUUGGCUGGCUGGCCCAGUUCAUGGAUGGAGCCCGGAAUGAAAUUGUAUGUAAAGCAGAUGGGACAAUGAGACUAGGAGAACCAACGUCUACUGAAACCCUUUCCUGUGUAAUUAUCUUUGUAAUUGUGUACUACUCAUUAAUGUCUGGGGUCAUCUGGUUUGUCAUGUUGACCUAUGCAUGGCAUACCUUUUUCAAAGCUCUUGGUACAACUUACCAACCCCUGUCUGGAAAAACAUCUUACUUCCAUCUUGUGACAUGGUCCAUCCCAUUUGUGCUUACAGUGGCAAUACUAGCAAUAGCUCAGGUUGAUGGAGAUUCUGUUAGUGGAAUCUGCUUUGUUGGAUAUAAGAACUACCGCUAUAGAGCAGGCUUUGUUUUGGCACCAAUUGGUCUUGUGUUGAUGGUUGGGGGCUACUUUCUCAUACGAGGUGUUAUGACACUCUUCUCCAUUAAAAGUAACCAUCCUGGUCUUUUAAGUGAAAAGGCUGCUAGCAAAAUUACAGAAACAAUGGUCCGACUAGGUAUAUUUGGGUUUCUUGCCUUUGGCUUUGUUUUUAUCACUUUUGGCUGCCAUUUUUAUGAUUUUUUUAACCAAGCAGAAUGGGAAAGAAGUUUUAGAGAUUAUGUCUUGUGUGAAGCAAAUGUCACUAUAGCUGUUCAGUUUAAGAAGCCAAUUCCUGAUUGCACAAUCAAGAACAGGCCCAGCCUCCUGGUGGAGAAGAUAAACCUUUUUGCUAUGUUUGGUACAGGCAUCUCUAUGAGCACGUGGGUGUGGACUAAAGCUACUAUACUAAUAUGGAAACGAACCUGGUGCAGAAUUAUUGGUCGUAGUGAUGACGAGCCUAAAAGGAUUAAGAAGAGUAAAAUGAUUGCUAAGGCUUUUGCCAAGCGUAAAGAGUUACUGAAUAACCCAGAGAAGGAGCUUUCAUUCAGCGUACAAACUGUCUCCCAUGACUGCCCUGUUGCUGGAUUGAACUUGGAUAUGAAUGAGCCAUCUAUAGAAAUGUCAUCUGCCUGGGCUCAGCAUGUACCCAAAAUGGUUGCUCGGCGAGGGGCCAUUUUGCCUCAGGAUAUCUCAGUUACAGUUUCAGGAACACCUGUGCCACCAGAGGACAAUAAAGACAUGUGGAUUGUGGAAGCAGAGAUUCCUCCUGAUCCUCAUAAGAGGAAAAAGAAAAAGCGAAGGAGGAAACAGGAUGCUCGUCCUGUUGGAUGUGUAGAAGAAAAGGCCUAUAAUACACAUCAGGCUUCCAGUAAAAUCCCUCGUCUUCCAAGACUGCCAGGACAGACUAACCUUGUAGCCCAUCCCUGUGAAGUGCUAGCCUCAGAAGACACUCUUCCUGGUUCCUUCCCAGAGUAUCAGUCUGCACUUCCUCCACCAUAUGCAGAAAUGGCACCCAACCAGAUCUUCAGCAGCUACUAUGACUGCAGAGAACACAGAACUGUAAAUACAUUAUCUGAUAAGGACCCCAGAUUUGUUAACAGCAGUUGUUUUCAACAUACUCAAAAGCAGUACAGUAGGAUGUUUCACCCUUAUCCUAAGGAUUUAGGGCCUGCCAUCUUACCUGUGGGGGCAAACUCUCACAUGCCAAGAACUCAAGGGAGAAGAACUGGUCUUGCACCAAUUCACUCAAGGACUAAUCUAAUGGAUGCUGAAUUAAUGGAUGCAGACUCUGACUUCUGAGUUUCGUAGGUUUACAUGUAAGCAUAAAGUGCUGGAUGGUUUUAAUCCUCUUUUCUUAUUUACAAAAGAAAAGAAAAAUAGUAACUUUAAUAAGGCCAGUACAAUUAAUGGAAUGUGUUUUCCAUUUAUAUUAAAAAUUUGCCAAAAUUCUACCGUAAAAGAAGACUGCAAAAGCUGUUUUGCAUUUUAUGACACAUUGUUUAAUAUUCAUGAAUUGAAAAUACUGAGAUGAACUAAAUUUAAAAUGUGCACUUCUACCCCCUCAUUUAUUAUUUUACAUAAUCAGAAGUGGUUCAGAAGGAGAUAACAGUAGCAAGUGCAAGUCAGUCUUCUGAAAUAUGUGACUUUUGUUUGCACUAUUACUCCAGAAAGGCAAAAUAGUGCUAAUUAAUAGGCAUUUUGAGGUUGUGAAUGUAAGGUUGCCUAUCAUCUAUUCAUGUAAUGUUUCACUCUUCUAGUGGAAAAUCAGCACUAUCUAACCUCCAUCAGUGUUAAUCUCAUAGUAUAUGACUUUUUCAUAGUCAUCACUUUUACAAAGUGCUUUUAAAUGCACCAAGAACAAAGCUCAAAUUGUUCUAUAUGAAAAUGUCUCAUUUUCCUUUAAAUGUAUAUGUAAAUUUAGAGAGUAAUCUAAAAAGGUUUUAAAAUCAUAUUUCUUUUUAAAAAGAGAACAAAACUUGAUAAUUUCAAGAAAAUAUGUCAGUCUCAGAGUUUAUAUCUUCAAAGUGUGCAGAACUAUAUUUCAGAACAGAUGGAAUAGUAAUGUACAGUUUCCAGGAGAUCAAGUGCGAUUACAGUGUAUUGUCUUGAAGCUGUCUAUCCCACUUCAGCUUUUUUGCUGUGAAAAUAUGUGAUAUUUAGUGUUAAUAUUAGUGUGACAUUUAUUUACAUCUCUUUUACGUAGGUUUGAUCUGGUCCAGGGUUGGGAAUGGUCAUUUAUUUAGGUUUGUAGGUAAGACACAAAAGAGCAAUAACUCUGAUGUUAUUGGGUUGUUUUUUUAAUUAUAUGAUUCAUUGCAUAAACUUAAUCCAUAAAAAAAUGUCUGCAUAAGUUAAUUGAGAAAUUAAAAAAAAAAAUGACAAAUGUAAUUCUAAACUUAAUUCAUUAUGGUUAAUCUAACAUUAGCCAGAAUAGUUACUCUGACUAAAGUGUUGUCAUUUGAGUCAACUUGUUUUCAUUGCUCAAUCUUGAAACUGUUUGGUUUAAUGUAAUUACUACAGGUUAACCAAACACAAUUAGUAUCUUCUGAUGUCAUACUCAUUGAUUAUGUAGCCGUUUCUCAGACAUCUAGAUUGUGGUUUUGUAAAACAAUUCGGAUUUGUUAAACCUUUAUUUGUAUAUAGUAAUUACCCCAGUAAUUAAAUACCUUUUUAUAAUUAGUUGACUCUUUUUUUAAAUCAAGGAUCCAGUUACCCUAAGUAAUAAUAAAAAAUAGCUCCCUGCACAGUAAACAAAAGGUAUGUAGCUCUUGAGAUGCAAGAUUUGUGACAGGUCUGCCAGUUUACUUAAGAUUAACUAGCUCAAUUUCACUUCCACAAAUCCCAAAAUUGAUAUGUAAGCUUACAAACAUGUUCAGUUUGGGUUAAAACAAGUUAAGGUACUUAAAUAAUGCCAAUAUAGCCUAAGAAUCAUCUUUUAAGGCUUUAGUACUAGGGUGUUGUACUGUGUUAGCCAUUAUGGAUGAAAUGAGAAGUCAAGCUAAAU